CAAUAGUGGGUCUGUUGCUCUCCCAUAUAAUGAACAACGUCAACACUACUACUGUACAAGUACGCAGAAGUUGUUCAGGUGCUGUUGUAGUGUAAUUGUCGAGGUGUUUUGUUUUUCCUCAAUGAGUAAAGCUGUGCUGUUCGGCUUGUGGGGCGGUGUUGUAACUGCUCACCCGCUCCAGCCUUUUCACAAAUUCGAAACAUGUUCAAACAUUCCAAGGGAUUUAAUAUCGAACGCGAGUGACAAAGGAUGCGGUGAGAAUGCUCUGGUUCGUGCUGAACGAGGGAUAAUCACCCUUUCUCAGAUGUUUGCAGAGCUGGAAACUGAGUGUGGAAAAGAGGCAGUCAGUCAGUCAGAGACCAAGUCUCUGCCUGCACCAUUUUCAGCCCAGAAACUCUCUGGGGAGAGGGGAGGUGGGAUAAGGAAGGUGGAGAUUAGUACAAAUGUGCUUGAUUCUGCUGCCACCCUGAAGAGAAAUGGCAUAAAAACUGGUAUCGUGGCCAAUAUCUGGGUUGAUGACUCUCCUCAGAGGGACAGUGUUGCUAAGAUUCUCUCAGUGCUGGAAAGCUGUUUUGACGUGGUAGUACAGUCUUGCCACAUUGGGUCAAGGCUUCCUGAACCUGAGAUAUUCCACACUGCCUUGGCUGAAUUGAAUGUUAAACCCCAUGAGGCUAUUUGGUUGGAUGUUAAUGAAAAGAGUGUUCAGGCAGCUGAAAGCUUGGGCAUGAAAGCUGUUAAGAUUACUGGCAUCAGUGAAGCACUGAUGGAAAUAGAGAAAUUUACAGGGAUAAAGGUUACCACUGAGCAACAGCCUCUCUGCUGUAAUCCUGAAGAGAUCAGCCAUGGAUAUGUCACUAUUAAGCCUGGGGUGAAGAUUCAUUUUGUGGAGAUGGGGGAUGGGCCUCCAGUCCUGCUCUGUCAUGGAUUCCCAGAAAGCUGGUUUUCUUGGAGAUACCAGAUUCCUGCCUUGGCUAAUGCUGGAUUCAAGGCUAUUGCUAUAGACCUAAAAGGUUUUGGUGACUCGAGUACUCCAGCAGAUAUUGCUGAGUAUUCUCAAGAAAAUAUUUUACGGGAGUUGGUGACCUUUCUGGAUAGAUUGGGCCUUGCACAGGUUACUGUGGUGGGUCAUGACUGGGGUGGUGUUAUUGCAUGGAACAUGGCUUUGUAUUACCCGGAGAGACUGAGGGCUGUGGCUUCUCUCAACACUCCUCUUUUCCCUGUGGAUCCAAACAAAAACCCAAUGCAGACACUUAAGUCUAUACCAGUCUUUGAAUAUCAAAUCUACUUCCAGGAGCCUGGUGUAGCGGAGGCUGAGCUGGAGAAGAACCUGGAGAGAACUUUCAAACUGCUGUUCACUGCUAGUUAUGAGAACGAUACACAUCCUCAAGUGGAUUUGACUGGAGUCAUUAAGAGAGGUGGUCUGUUUGUUGGAAUGCCAGAAGAAGUUCCCAGAAGUGCUAUCCUAAGUGAGGCAGAGCUGCAGUACUACAUCCAGCAGUACAGGAAGAGUGGUUUCAGGGGGCCUCUGAAUUUGUAUCGGAAUGGAGAGAGGAACUGGCGCUGGAUGUGUUCGAGGCCAAGGGGCAAGAUCCUGAUGCCAGCUUUGAUGGUGACUGCAGGGAAGGACAAGGUGCUUCUGCCCAUUUUUUCCACUGGCAUGGAGAAAAUAAUUCCCAAUUUAUCGAGGGCUCAUCUUGAGAACUGUGGACACUGGACUCAGAUGGAGAGACCAGCUGAGACCAACAAAAUUCUGAACUCCUGGCUGAAAGAGAUACACCUGGAAAACUCCAUUCCUUUCUAUCCAAAGCUAUAAGAUUAUUAUAAAACCAUUGCUCAAGAAUGCAAGCUUAGAGACUGGACACCUACAACUGGGAAUUUUUUAAAAUCCUUUUUACUUUACUAUGCCUUGCAUAUUUGUUAUCAUAUUAUAUUACUAAAAUCUGCAUUAGUGCUUUAGAAAACUUUCUUUAUUAAAUGCUUUAUACAUAAUUAAACAAUAAAUGGCUGUGUAUUUGUAAUAAACAGCAUCUUCACCAUUGUGUACACCGAACUCCUUUUGGGGAGACGCACAUAUCACAUUCCUGAUAAACUGAAUUAGUCCUGUUCCAUCUUCACAUCAUCAACCCAUUCAAAGCUUCCACUUUUAUCUGGAUUCGAAAUGAGACACCAGCUGUCAUUUCCUUAGGCGUAACUUUGAUUAGACAGUCAUGGAAACCAGCCCCAAGUACACAGUGCAGGUCUCUUUGUUAAGGGAUGUUGAUUACUGUGACCUGAGCCUACCCCUUUUAAUCAAGUGAGGAGAAUUAGAAAAGGACCAAAGGAAGCACAAGUCUCUCUUGAAAAAUAGACACUGUUUAACACAUUAAAGGAAAUGGCUUGGCAUUGAAAAUGUACUUAAUUUUAGUACAAUUGUGGUUACUUUCAGUAAAGUUACUGACAGAGGGAAUAAUGUUGAGUUGCCCUUUAACUACAAAUGGACAGAAAAUGCAGUUAUGUGGGUUAAUAAUUAAAAUACUGGUACUUACCUCACUAAGUUUGUAUAAUAAGAAAAUUAUUGUCAUUGUA